CCAACACACGCAAACUUCGCCCAAACUGGUGUCAAAUAAAGCAAAGCCAGCAGUACCAGUCUGUUUGUUGAAAUUGGUACUUGCCGGUUUCUGAAGAUGUUAAGGAUUUCCUCUUUCUGUUAUUAUGUCUUAUGUUUCAUAACGUUGCUGACUCUUGCGGUGAUUAACUGCCACGCGCGGGAUACCUUGGAGAUAGAUUCAAAAACAAAGGCGGAGUUCGUCACCCUCAGACACGUGACCGACGUCAACGAGAUAGACAGUCUCGCUGAACGUGAACUGGAGAACAUUAAAGACCACCAACAGAAUUUGCUGUAUCAAUUUAAUGCUCACGGCAAGAAUUUUGAUCUCCGGUUGGUGAAAAAUGACCGCAUCAAACCGGCAAAGAUAUCGCAGCUCUACGUAGAGGAGGACGGUAAACUGGUGACAAAGUCCCUUGGGAACAAUGACGAUUUUGCUCUUUACCAAGAUAAAGACUCCAAUGCAGCGGUGGCAGUUACCAAGGAGAAAACACUGAAGAAAGUGGAAGGUUUUGUGAUGGAGAAGGAUGCUUUUUACGAGCUGCGACACGUUGAAAAUGACAAAUAUAUGGUUUUAAGACACCAAAUUGACGAUACCGUUGCCGAACCGGCAGAAGCUAUUGAUGACGCAGUGCCAUUAAGCGUCCGUGAAGUGAAACUGGAUCGAGCUAAGCGAUCUUCGGCAGCAGACUCAAAGCUCCUCCAUUCCCUUCUAGAAGUUUUGGAGAAAGUUAACGUCAAGAGAACCGAGAAAGAAGUUGAACUGAGGUCAAACAAGGCUUUCACGGAGGGCCAUAUAGACGCCGCCAUUGAACUUCUAAUUUGCACUGAUGAUACUAUCUGGGAUUAUUUUAUGAAGCGCAAUAAUCAAGUUGCCUCGGCAGCGGAGGCCGAGCUGAGGAAAUACUAUUCGUUAAUUGCAAACGGGAUAGAUCUUCGUUACCAGAACAUAGAUGACCCAGAUUUGAACAUCUACAUUGUACUGUCAGCUAUAAUAAUUGUAAAGACCCCAGAGGGCGCCCGCUGGUUCAGUGGCAAUGUGCUUCCCGGUGCCCCAACUAAAGACGGACGUGUCCUAGUGGACAAGACAAAGGCCUCGGACGACUGGUGCAAGUACAGGAAAGAUAACUAUGAUGACCUGCCCGAACACGAUCACGGGAUGGCCUUUACAAUGCGAGAACUAGCCUCCAACGCUUUUGACACUGCUGUGGCAGGCGUAGCCCCUGUUGCGGGGAUAUGUUCACGUUCUUCCUCGUGCUCCAUCGUGGAGUCUCACGGGGGCUUCACUUCCUUCAUCACGGCGGCCCAUGAGCUUGGACACAACCUAGGAGCUACCCACGAUGGUUCCGGUACCAACACCGCAUGUCCUGCCAGCAACGGCUACAUCAUGGCGCCGACGUCGGGGGGUUCUGAUCCGAGCAGUGGCUAUUAUUUCUCCUACUGUUCUGUUGCAGAAUUUAAGAAAACCCUUAGAGGUGCCUGCUGCCUUGUAGAUGAUGGGAAUUAUGAAAAUUCAGCGGAAUAUGCAGCCAAUACUCGACGUCGUCCUGGUCAACUAUUUGAUGCUAACCAACAGUGCCAGAUGCAACACGGAGGCGGUUCCUCUACGUGUAAUGUUUUUGGAGCUGAUAACUUUUGCCAGUAUUUGCGCUGCAAGACGGGUGCUUUGACCUGUUCUCACAAAUUUAAACCACCGGCAGAUGGCACUGACUGCGCAGAUGGAAAAUGGUGUAUAGAGGGCAGGUGUGUCGACAAGAAAAUCACCCCAGCACAAAGUUCUGGUCGUAGUACAGAGAAGGAUACUACAUGGUGUCCGUACGGCUGGCCUGGCGACCUGUGUAAAGACUCCGACGCAGCUAAGAUCAACGUCGGCCUCGGUAUGGAAACGUGCGAGUCGGCUAUCAACAGGGAUGGGAAAACGUUAUGCAAAAAUGACCAAAUUAGGUCGUCCGGUUGGUGCUGUAUACAAUGCUACUAUUAUGAACAGUCACAAAAGGCGGGCAUUUGGAGUGAUUGGGGUGCAUGGAGCGGUUGCAGCGCCUCUUGUGGCAGUGGUACACGCAAGCGUUCACGAACAUGCCCUGUAGCUUUGUCGUGUCCUGGUGAUGGCACGCAAACGGAAGGAUGCAGCGCAAAAGCAUGUGGAACCUGGACAGAAUGGAAACCAUGGACCACGUGCACUGUCACGUGUGGUGGCGGAAGUCAGACAAGAUCAAGAACAUGUGAUGGUGGAAGUGACUGUCCUGGGAGCGACAGUGAAUCUCGAGCCUGUAAUAGCGACAGUUGCCCUGGGAUCACGCCAAAAUGGGGAGAGUGGGGAGGAUGGUCCGACUGCUCAAAGACCUGUGGGGGAGGAACUUUUUCUCGAACCAGGAGCUGCGAUGGUGGCGUCACGUGCAACGGGACAAACCAGGAGAGCAGUCCAUGCAAUACAAACACUUGUCCAGGCACGUGGUCAGAGUGGGGUCCAUGGACAACCUGUAGCGCCACCUGUGGCGGUGGGACGAAAUUAAGAACCCGUACCUGCAAGAACGGCGUUUGUGACGAGGGGGUUGCUGAUGAAUCUGAGCCGUGCAAUACGGCCCCCUGCCCGGCUGGAUCUGUUGACGGUAACUGGAGUGAUUGGAGCACGUGGUCUGCUUGCAGCGUCCAAUGCGGUAAAGGAGAAAAAUCACGUGAUAAAUUGUGCAACAACCCAGCGCCAUCUAACGGCGGGUUGUGGUGUUGCUACAACGGCAUGUGUCAGUUCAACAAACUUACAAACAAGGAAUCAUGUGAUGCAGGGCCGUGUGAGAAAUUAGGCACGUGGGGUCAGUGGGGAGAAUGGGCCGAGUGCAGCGCCACCUGCGGGGGAGGGAGUAAAUCAAGGACUCGCACGUGCGUUGGAGGCGAUUGCGACGAAGGUGUUGCUAGUGAAUCCGAACCGUGCAACACAGAAAAUUGCCCGGCUGCAAAAGUCGACGGUAACUGGGGAGACUGGAGCGCGUGGUCUGAUUGCAGCGUCCAAUGCGGUAAAGGAGAAAGAUCACGCGUGAAGUCAUGUGAUAGCCCAGCGCCAUCUAACGGUGGCUCGUGGUGCUGUUACAAUGGCAUUUGUCAGUAUAAUAAGCUCACCAGCAAAGCUUCGUGUGAUGCAGGGCCUUGUAUUGACGAAAAAGUGGACGGUAACUGGGGUUCUUGGACCCCCUGGAGUACAUGCAGUUUUUUCUGCCAAAAGAAGCGUGCCAAGUACUGCAAUUCUCCUGUCCCCAGUGGCGGCGGGAAGUACUGCACAUAUAACGGUUCCUGCUGCUACAAUAAGGUCGACCAACAAUCGAGUUGUUCUGAUGGGGCAUGUAUAUUUGGAAGAUAGGACACCUUCCCACACUCAUAGAUUUAGAGGGACUGCACCCAAAGCGAAAGACAAAAACUGUAAUCUUGUACCCAUCUCAUGUACAAUCAUCAAACAGAAAACACUCAGGAUUGAAUUUUUUGGUAAACUGCCCUUAGUACCAUUUGGGAAUAAGAGCUAAAUAAAAGGCAGGAGAAUAUGCAAAUGUACACAUGAAUAAAACUUAUUAAGUACA